AUGUCUCUUUUCACACCUCGCGGCUUCCGUACAAUCACAGUCCAGGAAGAGGUGAUAUCUUCCAAUCUUUAGAAACCAACGUCAAAAACUCCACACGUAACUGAGCUCAGCGCAUAAGUACAUUGGUAAAUAUGAUUUUAAGUCGGGUUAUUUGACGUAACGUUUAUUUUCUCAUUGUGUGCGUUUGUAUUUCGAGAUAUUUCUUCAGCUGUUUACCAGGUUGUCAUGGCUAAGACCACGCUGGUGCUUUCUGUGGACUGAAGCCAUUAAAGAGGCACAAUACUCACUGAUGUUAAGGAGCUGCAUCAGUUAUCCUGCCACGUACGCUAGCCGGAAAAGAUGAAGCUACGUCUGCAUUUCGUGGUGGACCCCAUGGGCUGGUUCUGCAUAAGCACGGUGCUGUUUAUCUGGUUUUACAACACCCUUCUCAUUCCCAAGCUGGUGCUGUUGCCACACUAUGCAGAGGGGCACAUACCUGCUGCACUUGUGGUCUGUUACUAUCUUGCAUCGCUGCUGUGUGUCUCAGCACUGCUCAGGGCUUCCACUGCAGACCCUGGAAGACUUGCUCAGGAUCCCAAAAUCCCAAUUGCAGAGAGAGACGAUUGGGAACUCUGCAAUAAAUGCAACAUGAUGAGGCCAAAGAGGUCACACCACUGCAGCCGCUGCGGCCACUGUGUGCGUCGCAUGGACCACCACUGUCCCUGGAUUAAUAAUUGUGUUGGGGAGGAUAACCACUGGCUCUUUUUGCAGCUGUGUUUUUACACUCAGGUUCUGAGUCUUUACACGCUCGUGUUGGACUUUUGCCAGUAUUACUACUUCCAGCCACUGUCCUCGGUGGACCGGGGGGAGUUUGCAGUACGUCACGAAUUAGCUCUAAUACGUGUGUCCUGUUUCAUGGGCUUGCUCAUGUUUGGGGGAAUGAGCGGCCUUUUCUACUCGCAGGUCACUGGAAUCCUUGCAGACACGACUACUAUAGAGAAGAUGUCCCACAUGAUGGAAGAUGUUGGCCCAGGGCGGUCGUGGCAACAAGCGAUGGCUGAGGUGUUUGGCACUCGCUGGAAGAUCCUUUGGUUCCUGCCGUUCAGGAGCAGACGGCCUCUAAAGCUCAACCUGACCUCCCGCUCUCAUGUAUAGACAGACAGACAGAGACUCGCACAUCAAUCCAGUGGUGAAGGUCAACCUCUGCCCUCUCUCUCUCUUCUCUUGUUCUCAGUUAAAUCGUCUUCACAAUGGCUCAGUCUCUCAGCUCUAAUGGAUCAAACUCCUUCAGGUUCUUCAUAAAAACUGACCUGACUAUUGAUAUAGAUACAUCAAACAGAAUACUGCUGUACAAUCAGUGUCAUGUUGAAAAUGUAGAUGUAAGGAUUAAUGAUGAAACAAGUUGAGGUUUUGUUGUUUCCAGGACAACCCUUAUUUGUUUAGAUCUAUGUCUGGAUCAUGUGAGAAGUUGUCAUGCAAGAGAGAAGCGGAGUGGGCGGAGUCUGUUGUCUUGGUUUAAUGGCCCUAAUGGUUGAUGGCUCUUGAGGUGAGGCGUGACCUCUGGCAUGAGUGAAAGACACUGCUGAAGUCCAAAUGCCUAACAACACACACACACACACACACACACACACACACACACACACACACACACACACACACACACACACACACACACACACACACACACACACACACACACACACACACACACA